UUAUUCAUCGAUUCAAUCAGCUCGGAACAUUUCAUGAAAAAUUAAUUUAACAAAAAAAGCUAUCGCGUUCAUUACAAUCAAAAUUCUCGCAAUGAAUUUAGCGAUCUCUAACAUCGCCUUGUUCUUGUUAAUAAGCGUUGAAGUCGCAUUUUGCGCAUCUUUAAAAGAUGUCGAGCGAAAGUUAGUUAAAAGAGAUCUAGAUAUAAUUCCUGCAGUCAUGGGCGGAGCUGUCGACAUGACUCUGGAUCUGUUGGACAAAUUUGGAAAGGGAUACGGCGUUCGUGGCAGUUCGAAGUUUGAUGCCUUUGGACUUCAUGACGAAAAGAAAUUUGAAGUGGGUGCGAGCGACGCGGGAAUACCUCAAGAAAGGGAAAAACGGUCUCCCGUUCCAUGUGGUAGAAGAAACGGAACGGAAACAGUCAAUGGAACUACCUCGAACGUUAAUAGACGAAAUGCCAACAAUCCUGACGUCGAAACUCUAGCUCGUCGUAAGAGAUCUGCUCAAUCGGAUGGAAAUGUACCAAAUGGCUCUCCACCAAAUGGUCCUCCACCAAAUGGUCCUCCACCAAAUGGUCCUCCACCAAAUGGUCCUCCACCAAAUGGUCCUCCACCAAAUGGUCCUCCACCGAAUGGUCCUCCACCAAAUGGACAACAUGGUCCACCUCCACAACGUCCUGGCGAAGGUGCAUCACAGACCGGCAGUCAGUCAAGUACUCAAAUUGAAGAACCAAUCAACUUGGUACGCGAAAAGAGAACUCCAUGCAACAAUGUGACUGCCGAUGCACGAUCCAAACGUUCCGUUCCUCCGAAUCAGGAAGAUCAACAGCUGUUGCUGUUGCCACAGGAAACUGUUGUCCGCGAGAAGAGAACUCCAUGCAAUAAUGCAACUGCUCCGCGAUCGAAACGGUCUCCGCAACGGCCGAACGGUGAUUUUCCACCACAGCAGAAUGAGCCAAGGCAUCAAUUGGAGAGAGACAACAAAAAUGAAGACAAUACUCAUGGCCAAAACUUGCAAAACGACAAUAGGAACAUGAAUGGGUACGGAGGUACUAAAGAUAAUCGAAACUAUCGAAUGAUUCGUUCAGCAAAACCGUGCAAUGGACAAAAUGGUCAAAAUGGUCAGCCAAUUGGUGCCCCGACUAAUACGUUUCCACAACUUCCGCAGACACAGCAGCCACAGCAACCGAAUGGCGUAAAUAUUGGUGACUUACAGCGUGAUCAAAACCAGCGUGUAACACGUAGUGUUACUGAUCCCGAUAAGGUCGUACCGUCGAGUGACAUCGACGAUAAAAACUUAUUUGAACGGGUUGUACAAGUUACGAAAGAAGUGUUUUCUCGUGUUGCACGAUGGAUUGCCGACAUGGACAAGGAAAUGACUGACUUGAAAAUGUCUUCAGAGAAACCCAAAUUGUAGGAGACAUCUAGAUGAAGACAAGAACCAGCCGAGGAACGUAGCUGAACAUUGCGUACAACUCAAAUUAAAAUUCAUUUACAAAAA